GUUGAUGUUAAAAGUCUUGAUCCUGAUAAAGUCUACAUACAGAUCACUCACGUUACUCCUCACUUCACUGAAGAGGAACUGGCCAAGAGAGACACUCAAUUUGAACGAGAAAUUAAUUUGUAUUCUUUCUAUUACGAGACCCCCUUCACUAAGAGUGGUAAAUCUCACGGUACAGUGAGCUCACAAUGGAUGAGGAAGACAUUGUUAAAAACCACUCAUUCCUUCCCCUACAUUGUUAAAAGGAUACCAAUCCUUGAAACGUCUGAAACUGAAUUAUCACCUAUUGAGGUGGCUGUUGAAGCCAUAGGAAGGAAAGGUAGUGACUUACAUACUGAGAUACACAAGGAAAAGACUGACUUAGUGAAACUGCAGCUGUUACUGCAAGGAAGCAUCACAGCACAAGUUAAUCAAGGUGUACAGGAGUACGCUAAUGUGUUCUUGAAGGACCUGGGACCAGCUGCUGACAGGUACCCACAGGAACACAUUGAGAGCUUGAAAGAAGUAUACAGGGAGUUCAUUAGUUUGUGUGACGAGGCCCUCCAGUUAUUUGCUCAGUUGGCAUCAAAGGAGCAGUCUCUUCUUGUCUUUGAGAUGAACCGUCAGUUCUUUAUAAUGAAGCAAUCACUGGAACCAAUACUG